CGGCGGCCCACUUCUUUCCGACCACGUUGAAAGCACUGGUGCGCGAAAUGCGCCGUACUGAUCGGCGAUUGCCUAGCCUUAAGCGCAUCGUGAUCACGGGAAGCGUGCUGACCCCUUCCGCAGCUAAUGAGGCGCGUGAAGCCUUCGGUGGACUGGAGUGUCUUCUCAAUAUGUACGCCAUGACAGAGUCCUGCUCCCUUGUCACAGCUCAACCAAAGUCCAGUGGAAAUUGUACCGGAGCCGACGCCGGUGUUCCUAAUACAACGGCGAUGCUAAAGGUGGUAGAUGUGGUCACUCGUCAGAAGCUUGGUCCCCACCAGGUGGGUAAGAUCUGUUUCCGCACGGCAGCCAUGACCUUGGGUUACUAUAAACGUCCCACGGAAACUGCAGAACUUUUUGAUGAAGAGGGCUGGUGCAAGUCAGGUGAUGCUGGUUAUUAUGACGAAGACGGCAGGCUCUACAUCGUCGACAGGCUUAAGCAGCUGAUCAAGUGCAUGGAUAUCCAAGUUGUUCCUGCAGACCUCGAAGAACUUCUACUUCAGGAACACUCUGCCGACAUCGCCGAGGUGUCCGUUGUUGGGCUGCCACAUUCCGAGUACGGAGAAGUUGCUGCGGCUGCGACUGUGCUCACGCAAGACGGCGGCAAAAAGAACCUCGGCCUCCUUGCUAAUAGUAUCAAGGCUACGGUGGAAAUUUGA